AUGCUGAAACUUCUGAUUUGCCCACUCAAACCUUAUUCUCCGAAACGCCUCAAGACCAGCCUGCAAAGCACGUUUGAGGACGAGACCCCCAUUUCUGAGACAACCUAUGGUCUUAGGAUGUUUGAGAAGGUCGACCGACAUGAGAAUACCCCAGAGUCUGAUAUGAUUGAGUUUGCCAGUUCUGCGGCUACAAGGCACACCGAUCUGCUACUAGCGGAUAAACGUCCCACCUUCAGGCAGUUCCUCUGUCUACUAUAUUCUGCACGUAACCCUUCCGAGCAGCGUACUUUAACACUUGCACCGGAAUCGCUUGGAAAUGGUGGUUGGUGCCUUCUGAAGAGUCUAGACGAUGCCAUGCCAGCGGACUCUGUAAUCCUUCCGACUACACUUGGCAUUUAUCAUUCCUUAAGCGGAAGUCUGCCGAAUCCCCUUGACAAUGCGCUAGCUGGUGUGAUUAGACCCAUCGAUAUCUUUUCACUUAGAAGACAGUGGAUUCGCGGACACGGAAUUCCAGCUUUCUCCGUUGGUCGCCAUACAGCAUAUAGGCUAAUACCGAAACCCGAGGGAGCCAAAGUUGUUCUUUUGGGUCUCGGAAGGAAGCCGACGAAGACUGGCCUACUAACCAACGAACGUAUCGGCAAUCCGGAAGAGAUAGGUGCACCAGGCUGGGAGGAUCAGUAUGGAGACGGCGCAUUCGCUGCGCAUUCCACUAAGGACCUGACAGUUAGUUGUAAACAGAACCCGGAUGGACGCGACUCUAAGCUCCCCCGCACGUUCUCGAGUCAGGCUGGGAGAAAGAUGGACUUAGCGUUGGUCCGGCCUCUGUUUGAUCGUCCUGAGCUGCCCAUCUCGUAUCCCCGACAGGUAGCAGUGCAGGCCGAGUGCGGCACAGGCUCAUACAGUAGGAGAUAUUGCCCGGGUGGCCCUGGCAGUGACGGAUGCCGGAACUUGGAACAGUGCUGGACUUUUCUAGAUGGUUUCAGGCCGGACGAUCAAACGCAGGCCCAUUGCACAGAGAGCGGGCCAAGCCUUCCCUUGCUGGAAAUGCGCCCUUUCCUCUUCGCAGAUGACAGAAUAGAGGCGGCCGUAAUUUAUGGCCCCAUUUGGUCUCCAUCAAGAACCCCAUGGAAUCCAGGCACAAUUGCCUAUUCCGGCUUGGUUGCCACCCCAUUAGGGUCUGGAAGGAUUCAACCGUCAGGGGAGAGCUUGAGUUUCCAAGGUGUCCUUAGUAGUACCACUUAA